AUGCCGCGCGCUCUCAACGCCUGUCAGAUGCUUGACCAGUCGGUUGAGCUUGAAACGCCCCUUGCCAUCAAAUCGGCUCGCUUCUUCGGCCUUGGACUGCUGAGUGGUCAGUUUUUUGGGGCGUCCCCUGUGCUCACUCAGGGGCGGCUGCGGGGCGGGAGUGGAAUGCCAGUUUUGGAGUGGACCCCGGUCAGGGGAAAACCUCAAAGUGCUGUGGAACAAGUUGAGCUUCGAUACGAGAUCGGAUCCGGGUCAAAGAAGUUUCGGAGAGUCCGAGAGAGUGUUGGGUUGAGGGACAGCAUACGCAUACAGGGCCAAACAACCGAGAAUCGCGAGCUUGCACAAGUGUAUCUUGACCAGCCGGACCAGGUCGCAUCCUACCAACGAUCACAACUUCAAAACUUCCCGUAUCACAUCGCCAUGCGUCCCACCACAGCACUUAUCGCCGGCGCCCUCGCCUCGGGUGCAUCCGCUGAGAACUACCUCGGCUUCAACUCCGGCGCUACCCUCGCCGACCGCUCGGCCAAGUUCAAGAAGGACUGGCUCGCUGAGUUCACGACGGCACAGGGCCUUCAGAAGGCACCUGGCAAGUUCAACGCCGUGCGCCUCUACACAAACAUCCAGGCCUACUCGCAGGAUGACCCGAUCCAGGCAUUCGAGGCCGCUAUGGAGACCGACACCAAGAUUCUGCUCGGUAUUUGGACCUCGGGCACCGACAGCAUCGAGAAGGAGCUUAGCGCGCUGAAGAAGGCCAUCGACAAGCACGGCAAGAAAUUUACCGAUCUCGUCAUUGGCAUGUCGAUUGGCAGCGAGGAUCUCUACCGUGAUUCCGAGACGGGCGUCAUCAACAAGGCUGGUAUCGGUGCCGGCCCAGAUGUCGUGGUCAAGUUCAUCAACGAGUACAAGAAGGCGGUCUCGAACACUCCACUGAAGAGCGUCCCCAUUGGGCAUGUCGACACCUGGGAUGCCUGGACGAACAGCACCAACAAGGUCGUCAUUGACGCCGUCGACUGGGUCGGUGUUGACGAGUACCCCUACUACGAGACCGGCAAGGGCAACGACAUCAAGAACUCGGGCAAGCUAUUUGACCGCGCCUUCGACGCUGUCGCCGGCGCCGUCGGCAGCAAGCCCAUCUGGGUCACCGAGACUGGCUGGCCCGCCACCGGUCCCGAUUGGGACCAGGCCGUCGCGAGCACCGAGAACGCCAAGUACUACUGGCAAGAGAUCGGCUGCCGCAAGCUCUUCAACAAGGUCCCCACCUUCUGGUACAACCUCCGUGACUCGAACCCGGACAACGAGAUGAAGUUUGCUAUCACCAACAACCUCUCCAAGACGCCGCUUUUCGACCUGACCUGCCCCACCAAGUUCGACACCCCGUCCUCGACCCCCAGCACCGGUGCUUCCUCUACCGGCGUCUCUUCUCCCGGUAGCUCGUCCACCGGCGGUGCUGACAGCACUGAAGGGUCUGGCAGCAACAGCGGCAACAGCGGCACCGGCACCAGCGAUGACAACAGCACCGGCUCUGGGGCUGAGGCGGCCACCAGCCCUAGCCCGAGCGACAACGGCGCCUUUGUGGGCAAGAGUCUCUCCGGCGUCGCCGUCGUCGGCCUCGCUCUCGUUGCCGGUGUCUUCACCUUCUUCUAA